GGCCCACCCAGCCAGUCUGAAAUCAGCUGCUAUCGGAUGGCCGUGAAUGAUGCCCGCAGGACGAUGACAAGGCAGCUACUGUCUGUGACGGACCAAGUAGCGACACUGGAGCGAUCCGAGCUGGAAUGUGAUGCAGCUGGGGAGUGGAAGGCGGAGUUUGUUGCCCUGCUAGAGCUGGUGCAAGAUCUCGAAAGCAAGAGGGAUGAGAAGCUCUUGUUCCUUGCGUCCCAAAUCAACUCGACGGAGAGUCUGCGAAGGUUGAUGACCGUGAUCGUAGUUUGCAACAUGCAGCUGACCCUCCUGGGGAAAGCAGUGGAGAAAAAGGCGCCGUCUGGGGCCUUGCGGAAGCUGCCGCUGCUGUUCGGCCUGAGGACCGCACGGGAGCACCGCAAGAUGCUCGAGCGGUGGUCACGGGAGUUGCAGUGGCGUAUCUGCUGGACGGCAUUGCAUAGAACGGACAUCGGCUGGUAUGAACCCGGGCGGGUCUGUUGAGCCAUCCUGGUUCCUUGUCACCGACCCUGGGCUCAGCAUACAAUACCCCGGACAAACAACAGGCCCAUCUUGAGUUCUCGAUAUCAAUAUCUCACACCUGUCACCCCCGCGCAACCAACCCCAGUUGCUCUACACCUCCCCGAAAUGAAAAAAAAAGUUUCCUCGUACUCUGGCGGCACCUAAACGAUACAUGCCAAAGCGAGUCUAAACGAUUUUCUGGCAUGAGGUCUCGAAUACGCUUCUUUUGCCGCUUAAUCGUUAAUGUGCACUGCUAUGAAUUCAUCCACCCAUUCACCGUUUCUU